AUGGACAAUCUAUCACCAAAAUCCUCCCACACUCUCCCACCGGGCUCCCCCUCCCACCCGGACAGCGCGCCGACAGGACGACGGUAUGCCCCCAUCACAACAACCGUCACACGCCCCGUCGCGACCAAGGAGCAGAUGGACCCGGAGCUCGACGUCAACCUCCCCUACCGCACCCUCUCGGCCAAUGCCAAUCUCGACGAGUACCGCGUCGAGACCAGCGCCGGCGAGAUCCCCGUCACGGGCCCCUCGGCCGCUGCCGGCGGCAACUACAAGCUCGUCACCUUCGUCCCCAAUGACCCCGACAACCCCAAGAACUGGUCCAAGGCCUACAAGUGGUACUGCACCAUGGUCGUCGCCAUGACCUGCUUCGUUGUCGCCUUCUGCUCAUCCGUCAUCACCGCCGACAUCGCCGGCGUCGCUGAAGAGUUCCACAUCUCCGAGGAGGCCGCCCUUCUCUCCAUAACCGUCUUCGUCAUCGGCUUCGGCGUCGGGCCCAUGGCCUUCGCGCCCCUCUCCGAAAUCUUCGGUCGCCAGAUCAUCUACGCCUCCACCCUGCUGGUCGCCGUCGUCUUCAUCAUCCCUUGCGCCCUCGCCAAGAACCUCGCCACCCUCCUCGUCUGCCGCGCCAUCGAUGGCAUCGCCUUCUCCGCCCCCAUGACCCUCGUCGGCGGCACCCUCGCUGACCUCUGGCGCAACGAGGAGCGCGGCGUCCCCAUGGCCGCCUUCUCCGCCGCUCCCUUCAUCGGUCCCGCCAUCGGCCCCCUCGUCGGCGGCUUCCUCUCCGAUGCCACAAAUUGGAGGUGGCUUUACUGGAUUCAGUUGAUUCUUUCCUUCGUCGUCUGGGUCCUCAUCUCCUUCACCGUCCGCGAGACCUACGCGCCCACCAUCCUCGCCCGCCGAGCCAAGAAGAUGCGCAAGGAGACCGGCGACCCGUCCCACGUCACCGAGCAGGACAUCGACAUGCGACCCCUCAGCGAGCGCCUCGGAAUCUUCCUCAUCCGCCCCUUCCAGCUUCUCUUCCGCGAGCUCAUCGUCUUCCUCAUCUCCAUCUACAUGUCCGUCCUGUACGGCUUGCUAUACAUGUUCUUCGUCGCCUUCCCCAUCAUCUACCAGAAGCGCAAGGGCUACUCGGCCUCCACGACCGGUCUCAUGUUUAUUCCCCUCGCCGUCGGCGUUCUCUGCUCGGCCGCCUGCUCUCCCUGGGUGAACAAGCACUACCUCAAGUUGGUCGCAAAGCACAACGGCCACCCGCCCGCUGAGACCCGCCUUAUCCCCAUGAUGGUGAGCUGCUGGUGCAUCCCCAUCGGCCUGUUCAUCUUCGCCUGGACCUCCCUUCCGCACCUGCACUGGGCAGGUCCCGCCCUCGGCGGUUUCCCUGUAGGCUUCGGCUUCAUCUUCCUUUACAACUCGGCCAACAACUAUCUCGUCGACUCCUACCAGCACCAGGCCGCAUCCGCACUCGCGGCCAAGACUUGUAUCCGUUCCUUCUGGGGCGCCGCCGUCGUCCUCUUCACCGAGCAGAUGUACGACCGCCUCGGCGAUCAGUGGGCAUCAACCCUCCUUGCCUUCAUCGGCCUGGCGUGUUGCGCUAUCCCCUUCCUCUUCUGGGUCUACGGAGCCCGGAUCCGUGCUAGAAGCAAGUACGCCUACUCCUCCGACGACGAGGAGACUUCUGGGUCGGAUGUCGAGAAGGCCAAGCCUCAGAACGUUCUGUCGCCCACUCGUACCUUUGAGCCCGCGUAA